AUGGCUAGUGUUGUAGAUCAAGAUCAGCAAUGGCUUCUUGGUUGCUUGUCUGCUACUCUCGAUCCUAACCAGGAGGUUCGCUCUUUUGCUGAAGCGUCCCUUAAUCAAGCCUCUCGCCAAUCAGGUUUUGGUAGUGCAUUAUCAAAAGUCCUUGCAAACAAGGAGCUUGCCGUGGGGUUGCGCCAGAUAUCCUAUUCCUAA